GUUAUCGUCCUUCGUCGCCUCGCCGUGCUGUGCCGCGCGAUAUGUUACCUGCGUUUCUGUUUGGAAUUUGUCACUGAGCGAUCGGAUUAUAAAGCGGCGUGCGGUCGCGGUCACUCAAAAGCGCUGCGGAGAUAGAAAACGCGCUUCCAUCAACCGCCUGUUGUCGGCAUGAUGCAGGCUGCAUCGGAAGAAAAGGCCCCUCCAGAGGACAAGCAGGAGGACGGAAACUCUGCUGCUGAGGAGAGCAGUGACGAUGAGGAGCCAAAGCUUGGCCUGCUGGACCAGCCGCUGGAGCUGUCGGGUUCUCGGCAGCGCAAGAAGGUUGAGCGGCUGGACGUGAGCUUCCGCACAGCGGCACGCGAGCGGCCCCCACCAGAGCAAGGAAAAGGCACACCACUGGGUGACUGCCCCCGCAUCGAGCACAACAUCAGCCGUGAGCGCUCGGAGAGUCUCAAGGUCUUGCAUCGACUGCUCUUUGGCCGCCCAGGAGCGCCGUCCGAGAUCAAGAAGAACUUGCGCAAGUUCAGUGGGUUUCCCUUUGAGAAGGACUCUGCAGAGUAUGUGAAGAGACAAAAGAUGGUCGCAAAGCUCAAAAAGACUGCCCACAAGGACUUGCUGGGUAUGCUUGACUUGGAGAAGAGUGGCACAGUCGAGGAGUGCACGGAUCGCAUUCUCAACUUCCUGCUGAAGCCCUUUGAUAACAAGAAGCCCCUGCCAGCUGCCAAGAAGGGAAAGAGAAAGUCUACGACACCUGCUUCCGCUGGCAAGGGCCAGACCAAGAAACGAAAGACGGCAACUCCCAAGGCCGAGAAGAAGGGGAAGGCAUCUCGAAAGCGGCCUGCUGAUGAAGACGAGUCUGAGGUCGAGUCCGAGGAUUCUGUGCAAAGUGAAGAGGAAGAGGAGGAGGAGGAAGAAAAGAAACCAGCCAAGAAGGCCAAGCCUGCAAAGAAGACCAGCACUCCUGCCAAGCGGAGGAAAGUAGCAAAGAAAGAGGAGUCCGACGAGGACGACGAGUCUGACAAGAAGGAUGAGUCUGAUGAGAAGGAUGACUCUGAUGAAAACGAUGAGGACGACGAGAAGGACAAAUCAAAUGAGAAGGACGAGUCUGACGAGAAAGAGGACUCCAACGAGAAGAACAGUGUUGACAAGGAAGACGAAUCUGAGGAGGAGCCUGAGAAGAAAGCCGAACCCCCAAAGAAGGCUGAGGCUGUGAAGAAAGCUGAGCCUGCCAAAAAAGCCGAGCCUGCCAAAAAGGCUGAGCCUGCCAAGAAGGCCGAGCCUGCCAAGAAGGCUGAGCCUGCCAAGAAGGCCGAGCCUGCCAAGAAGGCCGAGCCUGCCAAGAAGGUCGAGUCUGCAAAAAAGACGGAGCCCGCUAAAAAAGCGGAACCCAUAAAGAAAUCUGAGCCUGCAAAGAAGGCCGCACCUGCCAAGAAGGGUAGGAAGAAGCAAGAGUCUGAAGAUGAGGACGAAGCAGAUGAGAAACCAACUACAGAUGGCAAGGCGGAAGCACCGGCCAAGACUACCGACUGUGCAGAGCCAACGGAAGAAGACAUCAAGGAGCUGAUAAGGAAGAUUCUGGAUGGGGCAGACCUGGAGGAGAUCACCAUGAAAAAAGUCAUCCAUGCGGUCUUUGACAAGUAUCCCAACCAUGACCUUUCGGGCAAAAAAGAGUACAUCAAGUCAACAGUACGAUCGCUCAUCUCAUGAUUGGGUUCUGGCCCAAGGUCCUUGCAGCAGCGCUGAGCAAGGAAUGGUCCCCAAGGAUCCUUUUUAACCCCUUUUCCUAAAUUUGCUGCUGACCCUAUUCUCCUCUUCCACUGAAGAUGCAUAUGCCACCUGGACUUGCCCCGUCGUGGCUUGGCAGUGGCAAUGGCCAUGGGUGGCGUGCAUUUGUUGGCAUGCUGGCUAGGUUCUGUCGGCUGCAUGCAAGGAGCAAUUCUUUAGUGGCAGACCGAAUGUUUAUACGAAGAACAAAUGAAAUUGUCUUUUUCUUCUGUAUUUUAUCUCUCCACCCCCCCCCCCCCCUUAAUUUUUUUCUGUCCCCCUGCACAAUGGGAUGAAUAUGGAGCAUGAAACAGGUAGUUAUGGUACAGUACCAUUACAUUAUAAUUCUUGCAUCGUGCACUCAUGGUAUUUCUUUGAACAUCUCAAGCUGGAAAUUAACAGCAGAUUUUUUUUUUUUUAGUAAACAAGCUCGAUGUUGACUUGUCGCAAACCUAGUGUAGAAGCCUAGCUUCUAUACUUAGAUGGGUUUGUUUCUUCCUCUCCUUUGUUUUUUUUUUUUUUUUUAUUUUCAAGUGCAUUGUAUAUAAGCCAUUCACUCAUUGUUGGUCUGCUGCAGUUUUAGAAGCGCAUAGCCUUUUGAAAGGAUUUAAAAGCCAAGGUGGCGUUACUUGGAGAAAGAUGAUUUUAGUGUAUUGUGUAGUAGUUUUAGCAGCCACAAAGCCUUGUUAAAAUGCCUAAGCUCGUAUCACUUUUACGAGUGGAAAUAAAGUGGUUUUCAUUUUGCA